AUGUUGGCAUUGGCGCGCGAAAGCAAAUAUGAUGACACUAUCGGAAGGGACGAGGAGAUUCGUCGUUCUAUCCAGAUCCUGUGCCGUCGAACCAAGAAUUCUGUUGUUCUGUUAGGUGAACCAGGAGUCGGAAAGACAGCGGUCGCUGAGGGUCUCGCCCAUAGAAUGGCUGCAAAUCAGGUCCCACAAAAUCUGAAGGGCACACUCUACAAUCUAGACUUGGGCGCGCUUUUUGCGGGAGCAGGAAAGGGUGAAUAUGAGGAGUCCCCAGCUAUUUUAUUUAUCGACGAGCUCCACCUUAUAUCUGUUGGAAAGGGACAGGGCAGCCAAGCUGGGAUGGAUGCAGCAAACCUACUGAAGCCUGAGCUUGCGCGUGGUCAAUUCCGGUGUAUAGGAGCCACGACGCUAGCAGAGUAUCGGGAGCAUAUCGAGAAAGAUGGCGCGCUUACACGCCGGUUUGCUCAGGUCAUUGUUAACGAGCCAACAAUAGAUCAAGCCAAAACUAUUCUACGUGGCUCUCGGGAGCGGUACGAGCAUCACCACCGUGUUUGGAUCAUGGAUCAAGCAAUAGUUACUGCAGUCGAACUCGCUCACAGGUAUCUCACUGCAAGGAGAUUACCUGACUCGGCAUUUGACCUCAUGGACGAGGCCUGUGCUUCUGCAAGAGUACAACAAGAUUUAAAGCCAGAGACCAUAGAGGAACUUGAACAAGGUAUGGUCCAGCAGGAGCAUUACAUUCGGUCCCUCGAGCGCGAUAACCAUCCUGGUGACGACAAUGCACUGAACGAGGCCAAAAAAGCUAUGCAGCAACUCCAAGCGAAGUUGAGAUUUCUGGAACGUGAACAGAGUGCAGUGACAGAAUGGUGGAAAUUGAUCGCGAGCUAUCGUGACGGCAUUCAAAAGAAGAGGUUGGAGUUGAACACAGCGAGAAGCCUUGUUCGAACGGAGCAGAAAGGUCCGGUCCAAAAAGGUUCGGGAGACUCCGAAAUUAUGGACCCUCAAUUUGUGUCCCUCUUGGCCAAAAACCGGCGCACUGUCUCAUCUCCGGAUAUCAUCACGCCAGAAAGCAUAGCUGUUAUUGUAGAGAAGGCAACGAAAAUCCCAGUGCGACAGUUACUGGACACGGAUAAAGAGCGUCUCCUGCAUCUUCAAAGUACUCUGGAGAAAAAGGUCAUCGGGCAACCGGAAGCCAUCAAUGCCGUAGUGAACGCUAUCCAGCUAUCUCGCACUGGACUGGGCAACGCCAACCGACCAAAUGCCUGCCUGCUCUUUACCGGACCAUCUGGUACUGGGAAGACAUUACUGUCGAAGGCUCUCGCAGAGGAACUGUUUGGACAGUCUACGGCAAUGAUCCGCAUUGAUGGCAGCGAAUAUUCUCAAAGUCACUCCGUUUCGCGACUGAUUGGUGCCCCUCCAGGAUAUGUGGGCUAUGAUCAAGGCGGACAGCUUACAGAGUAUGUUCGACGGACGCCGUAUUGCAUUAUCUUGCUAGAUGAGAUCGAGAAAACUUGCACAGAGUUCUUGACAUUGUUUUUGCAAGUCAUGGACGAUGGACGCUUGACGGAUGGACAGGGACGGCUGGUGGAUUUCCGUAAUACAGCAAUUAUCAUGACAUCCAACGUUGGUGCAGACAUUUUGAGCAAGGAAAGUGGGAAGAUAUCCGAUCACAUCAGGCAAGCUGUCAUGCAACGUUUUAAAGAGGCCAGAUUUUCUCCCGAAUUCCUCAACCGAGUCGAUGAAGUCGUUAUGUUUAGGACCAUGUCGGCUGAUAUGAUGAACAAAGUUUUGGAUAAGCAUUUGGGAGACUUACGACAGCGGGAUGGCCUCAAGAAAAUGACGCUAGACCUCGAUCGGGCUGCAAAGAAAUGGCUCAUUGAUCGGGGCAUUUCAAGGGAAUACGGUGCCCGUCUGCUCACGAGGGUCAUCCAGGGAGAAUUGCUCAACCCACUUGCACGUGCCAUCCUGCAGAAAAGCGACGAUGGGCUUGGCUUGGACAUUCGCUCCAGCCAGAGAUCCUAG